CUCCAGGUGCUCAGCUCCAUGUGUACUGAGGGUGACCUGUUGGAUCUCUGCUUCAGUCUCCUGCAGCCGUACCAGCUUCUGUCCGUGGAGCUGCCUGAAGGACCCCAAGGAUCCCACACCACCGGGACGUCCUGGGCAGAUGCCUGUGUGUACGAGUGCGCCCGCGGCCGCCUCCAACGUCUCUCGGCGACCCGUAUCCCCGUCUCCUCGCGCCCCGUCUCCUGCUGCCGCCACCCCUCCUCAACCACCCUGCUACUGGGCCUCAGCGACUCCUCUCUGGUCCUCUACGAUGAGAGGAGAGGGGUGUCGCUGCUCGCCCCCUGCCCCAUCCCGCCCGUCCUGGUGGCCUGGCACCCUGCAGGGGGGGUGGUGGUGGUGGGGGGGGGCCAGGGGGAACUGAUGGCUCUGGAUCUUGGCUUGGCUCCUCUAGGGUUGACCCUAGUGGGAGAGGACCCAUCCCCAGCCACCACCACUCUGAGGCUUGCCCAGCAUCUGCGCUGUCCUGGGGGGCUGGAGGGGCUGUGGUGGGCUGGGGGGACGGGGCUGGAGGGAGCUGAUACACUGAUGCUGGCCUUCCAUGGAGGACCACUGGCCGCACUGAGGUUCAGACUGGGUGCUCUGUCAGGGGGUCAGCUGGGUCCAGGAGAGCUGCUGCAACAGAGGUUACGCUGUGGCCAGGUGGACCAGGCUCUAGGAAUUCUGGGAGCCAUGGAGUGGAGCACUAUGGGAACGGAGUGUUACCGGGCACUGACUUCUGUCACAGACUACCUGCUGAGGCUAGAGCUGGACCAGACCAGAGAGGUCCAGUUGGAGGCAGCUCUGGGUGUGUUCUACGCUCCGCCCCGCCCCCUCUCUGACUCGGUGGUUCUAGAAUACAGAGGGCCAAUCAGCAAGUACGCCCGACGCUUCUUCCACCACCUACUCAGACACCAGCGCUUUGAGAAGGCCUUCCUGCUGGCGGUUGACAUUGGAGCUAGAGACCUGUUUAUGGAUCUCCAUUAUGUGGCGUGUGAUAAGGGAGAGGUGGUUCUGGCAGAAGUGGCCCGGAGGAAGGCUAAUGAAAUCCAUGCUGAAGAAGGAGUGACGACCACGUUGGGAAACCACGCAGAGCAGGACCGACCAACAGGAGCUGGCCACUGGAGGAGAGAAACACCGGGACCCUGAGCACUGAUCAGGCAUGACCAUGGAGACAAA